AUGAAAUUGUUAUUUUCGAAUGUCACAAGUACCGUCACUGAACAGCUUGAUCUCGAGGAGUGUGUUCUCCAAAAAAUAACAAUCUUAGAGAUCCACCGCCUCUUAGCGGAACGUCUCCAAUCAUCUGCGACUGAUAUCACACUGAUCUAUCGUGGGUAUAAGUUGGAGGACUCUUCAGUCUUUUCGACGAUCAGGUAUCAAGAGGGCAGUAAGAUCAUCUUUGUAGUAAAGAAGAAGGAGAAGUCUACACCGCCCCCACAAGCUGUUACGACGGAGAAGAAAGAGAAGAUGAGUAUUCUUCAAGAAGUGUUGAACGAGUGCGAUGAUCAACCCGACUAUGACCCAACAUUCAUUCGAGCACUCUUUGAAUCUGGACCAUAUAAGGAAUACUUAAAAGAACACCCGGAAGUCGAGGAGGUCAUUAAUAACCCAAAGGAACUUAAAAACAUCAUGAAAACCAUUUCAAACCCAGAUUUAAUGACACAAACACUGAGAAACACUGAUAACGUCAUUUCUCAAAUGGAGAAUAUACCAGGAGGACAUAACCAACUCUUAACUAUUAUGAACGGAAUGGAUCCGUUGGAAAGUAUGACAAAAUCUAAUGUUAAAUUCAACCCCGACGCGACUAAUGAAAUGUUCAUGAUGGACAAACCCCUCCAAAAACCAAUCAACAUUUUCGAGGAAAAAACAAAUAAUGACUUUAACAACAUGUUUGGGAUGGACUUCAUGUUUGGAAACAACUUCGCAAACAAUCAACAAAACAAUUUGUUGCCACGACAACAACAACCCUUGAUUGCUAAUACAACAGAAACCCCUUUACAACCUCAGACAGUGCAACUCCAGCAACGAUUCAGUUACCAAAAUCAAUGCCUCAAAGAAAUGGGGUUCUUGAAUGAAGAGGAAAACUUGAGAGCUUUAACCCAGACUAAUGGCGAUAUGGGAAGUGCCAUUGAUAUCUUGGCGAACAAAAUGAAUUGA